GGCGGAGCGCUCCGAAAAGCGAAACCGAAAGCGGGGUCGGGGCCGAGGCAGCGGCUGCUGCGAUGUCGGGGCUCCCGGGCGCCUUCCCGGUGCUGGUGAGCGGCGACUGGGGCUCCCCCGAGCCCCCCCCGGCCCUCGGCAAGAAGCUGCUCUGCUACUUCCAGAGCCAGAAGCGCUCGGGGGGCGGCGAGUGCGAGCUGCGGGCGGGCGGCGCCGCCGGGAGCGUCCUGGUCUGCUUCGCCCAGCCCGAGGUGCGGCAGCGGGUACUGGACCGGCGCAUCCAUGAGCUGGAGUGGGGGCCUCAGGGGCGGCUGUCGCUGCUGGUCACCGAGCCGCCCACUGACGAGGACGCUGCUCCCGAUGAGGACACUGCUCAGGAGCUGGGACCAGCUGGCGGUGCCAAGGAACCAGCUCUAGUUAAUGAAUCCCAGGUGUCUCUUCCCACCUGCCAGAAUAAGGAGUCUUCUGUGUGCACUCAGCAGGAAAAGACAGAAUCACGUGAGAAACAGAAAGCAGAAAACGCAGCCUCUAGGAAAUCUGUCAUAGUAGUAACCACUGCCCCUGGGGAGGAAAUAGAAGAUGAGAUUGUGGAAAUGUACUUUGAAAAUAAAAACAAGUCUGGUGGGGGGACAAUCGAGUCCUUCGUCAAAAAGGACCAGCAAAUAUUCAUCACCUUUCAGAAUGAGGAAGAUGCCCAAGACGUUUUGCAAAGGAAGCAUCACUUUCUGAAGAAAAUUAAGCUGUUUGUGAAGCCAUGGGAAGUGGAGACUCACCAGGAACCGUGCCAAAUGGAAGACUCUGAAGGAUCCCUGUGUUCCAACGUAGUUGUGCUUGAAAAUGUGCAGGAGACAGUAAAAGACUGUGUGUUAAUUAUGCUGGUAGAGAAUGUCAGUGGCUUGUCAGAGGAAGAGGGUGACUUCAGUGUGGAAAUGAUACCUGAAAUACAUGCUGCUGUAGUUACUUUUACUAGAGAUCCUGUUGCGGGAAAAUUUGCUAAAAAGCUUAAUCAAAACCACAGAGCAAAGCAACAAAAUAUUACUGCACGGUGCCUUGAGCUAACAAGAAGCAUUAGGGCUGAAAAUAUCCCACCUAACACAGCCAGUGACUAUAUAGCCAUCUACUUCGAAAACAAGAAGAAUGGUGAUGCGCAGGUAGUGGAUGUUCAGCAGCUGCCUGAUGAAGAUGCAGCUAUCAUUACAUUCAGUGACCAUAAAGAUGUAACCAAUAUCUUGGCAAAGCAGCAUUCACUCAACAAAACACCAAUCUCUGUCUAUCCUUACUACGUCUCGCUGGGAACAGCUCUGUAUGGAAUGGAAGGGCCACAAAUAAAGAAGCCAGAUUCAAUUACAGUGCCUCUGGAUCGAUUUGUCUGGUAUUACUUGCACAAAAAUAAUAGACUAAUAGAGACAAUAAAUUGUGAAAUGGCAAAAUGUAAUUGUGAGCUAGAAUGGCCUGAACCCGCCUGUGCAGACCCAAAAGUUAUUUUGCAUCCUUCAGCUGCUUUGUCUGAGCAGAAGAGAUUAGCGUCUCGGUUGAUCAAGACAUGGAAUGAAACUGUUUCCACAGCAUUUUCACAUAGCAUAUCAAAGUACAAAGCAAGUAGAUGUCAAGUAAGUGCAGAAGUGUGGGAAGCCAUUAGAAACAGCUUUACUCAAAAUGAAGUUCUGAUACUCCCAUAUAUUUCCCGGGAUUUACUUAUUCUAGUAGGUGAAAAAGAAGUUGUGAAGAAUGUUGAACAAGAACUGAAGUUUCUGGUAGAAAAGGCCACCAGAGAAAUUGAAAGAGAAAAACAAAGAAUUGAAGAAAUAGUGUUCCUGAAUUCUGGGGAAUAUGCAGUUUUACAGAGUAUUGAUCUUGAAGAUAAAGUUCGCACAGAGUUCCCAGCCCUGCAGAUAUCUUAUGAUCAUUCACAGAAGAUCAUUAAUCUGUGUGGAGUGCCUGAGGAAGUUUAUAAAGUAAAAGGAGAAAUAUUAGAUAAUAUACACAGAAUGACAAAGAAAAUAGUUAAUAUCCACCCUUACAUUUACCAAUUUUUAGAGCAUAUUGAUGAUGAAACUCUGUCACAGAGCCUGUUUAUGUCAAAACAUAUUAAUGCCUUUUAUGAGCUUGGCACAGAAGCUAUCAUCUUGAAAGGAACUUCUCCUGAAGAUGUCCAAAAAGCAGCAGAAGAAAUAAAAAAGGAACUGAUCUACAAAUGCAUUGCUUUAGAGGAUGAGUCAGUUCUCCAAAAGACAGAAUGGAAAAUGCUCACCAAGGAAAACUGCUCGAAUGAAGCCAUAAGAGUCACUCAGGCAGAGAGGCAGGUCAUCAUUGCAGGUUGUUCUCAAGCAGUAGAAAAAGCCUAUGAGGAACUUUUUAACUUUAUAGAUGAAAACACGCAAGAACAAAAGGUCAUAGGAGGAAAGCCCAUUGCUGUCAUAAUGUUUUUUGAGAAAGAAAAGGCCAGUGUUUGGGACAAUUUACAACAAAAGGGUGUGAAAGUUGACUUCAGCAUGCAGAAGAAACAUAGAGUUAUAUCCCUGAGUGGACCGAGAAGAGAAGUGCUGAAGGGGGUCGCUUUAGUCCAGCAAAUUCUGUCUGGCCUGCAUUAUAAGCGUCUGGUAAUUGAAGCACCAGGAGCCAAGUCAUAUUUCAAAGAGCGAGAACACUUUUUUGCUGCCAGUGCAAAACAGGAAUUUAAGUGUCUGAUCAGGCUGGAAGAGCCAUCAGAGGUACAGCAGGAGGAACAACAAGAACUCGGUAAUAUAGGCAAGCCUUAUAGGCAGGUCACCUUAGGUGGAAUUGUAAUAGCAGUGAAUAAAGGUAACUUGUGUAAUUACCCUGUGGAUGUUGUGGUAAAUGCAGCUAAUGAAGACUUAAAACACAGUGGUGGCCUUGCUGCGGCACUGUUAGAAGCAGCUGGCCCAGAGCUGCAACAGGAAUGUGACAACCUGUUGAAGAAGCAUGGGAGCUUGCAGCCUGGGUAUGCAGUUAUCACGGGUGCUGGGAAACUCCCCUGCAAGAACGUCAUUCACGCUGUUGGGCCCAGGUGGAGGAAAGAUGAAGCAGAAAAUUGUGUGAGCUUGUUAAGAAAGACAGUGAAGAAAAGUCUACAAAUAGCUGAAACGUACAAUCAUCGUUCCAUAGCUCUGCCUGCUAUAAGUGGAGGGAUUUUUGGCUUCCCACUGGAACUGUGUACGUAUUCAAUUGUAGCCUCCAUCAAGGAGACCUUGGAAGAGUCUAUGGGGGACAGCAGCUUGAAGGAGGUUCAUCUUGUGGGUAUUACACAGGAUAACAUUGAGGCUUUCAGCAAGGCACUGAGUGAAGUGUUUUCAGAUUGUUCACCUUCAAGCAGGUCACUGCAUCAGACCAGUGCAGUUCAUCAGCCUAGGAAAAGCAAAAUUUCUCAAAAUAGCAAGGAUUUCCCAUUGGUAACAACUGAGGAAGGCCUUGACAUUGUGCUGGAAAAAGGAAGCAUUGAAGAUGCUACAACAGACGUUGUUGUCAUCAGUGUUGCUAAAGAUCUGCAGCUUAAUAAAGGGCCACUUGCUAAAGCUUUGCUAAGCAAAGCAGGGCCGAUGCUUCAGAUGAGCUUAAAAGAAGAAGGCCUAGGGAAAACACUUGAGGAUGGAUCUGUGUUGAAAACAGAAGGUCACAAUCUAGUUUGCAGCGUCGUUCUUCAUGCCGUGGUACCUUCAUGGUCUCAGGGACACACAUCUGAAAAGGUCUUGGGCAAUGUCAUCACAAAAUGCCUGGAGAUUGCGGAGGAGCUAUCUUUAAAGUCAAUUACUUUCCCAGCGAUUGGGACAGGGAUUUUAGGAUUUCCAAGGUCUGUUGUUGCUAAAGUGCUGUUUGACAAAGUGUUUGAAUUCAGUAGCAAAAAUAAAGUAAAUUCUCUUGAGGAAGUUCACUUUCUGUUGCACUCAAAAGACACAGCUAAUAUUCAGAAAUUCUCAGAGGAACUUGAGAACAGAUGUGGUGUUAAAAUGCAGAAGACUUCUACAAAUAAUGCUAGCGCAGCUUCCCCUGGUGACUCUUCAUCCCCAGCACUGAAUGUGAAUGAAAUGACAAUUGGCUCCAUCCUGUUCCAGGUGGUGGAAGGUGAUAUUACCAAGGAAGAUGGAGAUGUCAUCGUAAACAUAACAAACCAAACCUUCGACCUCAGAAGAGGAGUCUCUAAAGCAAUUUUGAGUGGUGCUGGAACAGCAAUUGAUCAAGAAUGUGCUCGACUAGCCUCACAACCUAACAAGGGCUAUAUCACCACCGAGGGAGGAAGACUGCCGUGCAAAAAAAUAAUUCAUUGUAUCGCUCAUGAUGAUAUCAAGAUGAUAGUCUCCAAAGUGCUUCAGGAGUGUGAAUUACAGCAGUACACCUCUGUCACCUUUCCAGCAAUUGGAACAGGUGAGGCAGGCCUUGAUCCAGCUGUAGUAGCUGAUGACAUGAUAGAUGCAGUAACUGACUUUGCAAGAAGUAACUCUGCUCCAUCUCUGAAAACUGUUAAAGUUGUCAUCUUCCAGCCACAUCUGCUGAGUGUGUUCCAUGCAAGCAUGCAGAAGAGAGGACAUUCUGCUAAAAAAACAGCCAAAUUAUUGUAUUCCAAGAUCAAGUCAUGGUGGAACUCUGAGAAAUGUGACGCAAAGGGAAAAACCAAACCACUUUUGGAAAAGAAAAUUGACGUGGCUGUUGUGCAGAUUUGUGGUGAAAACAAAAAGAAAGUGGAAGAAGCUGAAAACUGGUUGAAAAAUGCAAUUUUAAAGGAUCAGUUUCAAACAGAAAUCAAAGAAGAAUCUAUCGCUCAUUUUGGUGAAAGAGAGAGUAAGGAACUGCAUGACCUACAAAAGAAACUAAAAAUUGAACAUUUGGAUAGUACCUCUAUCCGAAUUUCAGGUGUUGAGAAAGAUGUCUGGAUGGCUUAUUCAGCUAUUCAAGAAAUGAUCCACAGGGUAAAAGCUGCUAAACAGGAAGAGUUCAGUGCAGAACUUCUACAAAACCUAAUUGAGUGGAAGUAUUUUGAAAAGGAUUCCUAUGUGCCCUUCGACAGCCUCACAAAUAUGCAAUUGGAAAAUGCUUUCCUGAGCAAGCAAGAAGAUAUUCUGGUCACCAUUGAUAAGAAAAAAUACACAGUGAAUAUAGAAGGUAGAUACGCUGUGGAUGAGCAAGGAAAACAAAGACCGGUUAGACGUAUUGAUAAAUGUGAAGAUCAAGACUCAACAGUGCUCCCUGCAACAUGGGACGAUAUGGAAAACGAGCGACUCAAAGUAGUGAAACUGAAACCAGAAACAAGAGAAUAUAAAGAUGUGCAGGAAAAGUUUCUGAAGACCUGUCACUCAUCAAAAAUUGAAAAGAUUGAAAGGGUGCAGAACCCAUAUUUUUGGAAGGCCUACCAAAUAAAAAAGUGUGAAAUGGACAAAAAAAAUGCCAGCAAAAAUAAUGAGAGGUUUCUGUUUCAUGGGACAAGUAAGGAGUCGUUAACCUUAAUUAACAACCAAGGAUUUAACCGGAGCUAUGCUGGGAUGCACGCUGCAAACUAUGGAAAUGGAACGUACUUUGCUGUUAAUGCCAGCUAUUCUGCCAGCAAUACCUACUCCAAACCAGAUGCGGAUGGGAAGAAGUACAUGUACUUGGCUCGAGUCCUGGUUGGCGAAUAUUCUCAGGGGAUAAAAGGAUCAAUUACUCCAGCAGCAAAAAAUGCUGGUAACUCUAUAGAUCUAUUUGAUAGUUCAACUGAUAAUGUGAACCAACCAUCCAUGUUCAUCAUAUUUAAUGACAUUCAGGCUUACCCAGAAUACCUUAUCACUUUCACUAAAUAAGCAUUUUGAUUGCAGGCAAGAUUGUAUGUCUUUUAGCCUUUAUGAAGGACAGAAAUGCAAUAAAAUAUACAAUGAAAAGAAAUAGUUUUAUCACCUGGAUUUUUUAAAGCUUGGUUACAUUUAAGCAACCUCUGACAAUUUUUGAUAGCACGGAAAUGGACUGCUUGUUAACACUUGGAGCAGCUGAGCAUAUAUAACGCUCGAGCUCAAUAUUCUACUGAAAACUGUUAUUAGGUUAAAUAUCAAGCCUUUAUAUUGUAUUAGCCUUUUCCUGCAGCCUUAUGGCCAUCCUCGUUGCACUAGGAGGUGGCAAGUGGUGGAGGGGACUGAAAAGGCUCUUCUUUCAGCCACUGACCACUUGAUGUUGUAUUUCUGAUUGCUUCUUACAGUCUGCAAAUGCCAGUCUGCAUCAUGAAUGGUGGCACAGUGAUUUUCAAUAAACAAACUAAUUGUAGUUAAUG